AUGGAAGUUGUUAAGGAACGUGUAACGGUUCUUACGAAUUUCGAGGUGCUGUCGCACCUUCGAAAUGUAAAAAAAGAGGAAGGCGAGUUGCCAAAAAAUGAUCGAUGUAAAACGUUGGCAACGAUUGUUUAUGAGACUCAAAAGUAUUUGAACAAAUCACCAGCAGCAACCCAGAGCGAGGAAUCAAUUGCGCAAUUAAUUCCAAAAUUACGACCAUUCAAGCUCACUGGCGCCGAAACUCUUCAGAUUAUCAAUCUCCGACCUUCGGCUCCCACUGAUAUUCAACUGUUAGUUGAAGAAACUGAAGAACGGUUUCCAGAUGAAGAAGAGCUGAAUAAACUGGUGGAAACCGUAACGGAAUGUUUACCAGCUCCUGUUCGGAAGACGUAG